UCCGCAUGCGAGCGAAAAGGACAGCGAUAGUCGGAUAGACGGCCGGGCUUACUCAUUUCAGUGUGCUCUGAACGCCAGUCAGCCGCGGACUGACGAAACUUUCCAAAUUCAAAUUCGUGCGCGUGUGGUGUUCUUUUUUCAAAAUAGGACCUCGCGUGUGCACACUAUAAACAGUGUAAUCCUGACAAAUAAAAUAGUUGUGCUGUGUGUUUAUUAUAAAUUGAUAAGUGUAUGUUGUUGAAAACGGUCGUAUAGCCGUGUGUGAAGUGCCGGUGACGAAAAAUAUUUGUGACAAGACCUAUUUCCCAGAGGAAUCGUGCCAAAUCAUAAAAAUGGCGUCGUCAAAGCAACUACACUGUAAAAACUAAAAACCAUGUAAGGAAAAAAUACAACACCAAAAAGGACCAAAUAGAGAAAUGGAUUUGCACAGGUGAUCCGAACAUAAAAUGGCCAAGCAAAAACUGCCGCUAUACAUUUGCAAUUCUAUAAAACAGUAUUUGUACAAAAUAAAGUUAUUAAUAAAACAUAAAUUUAGAAAGGAGAUCAAGGUACAAGAGAAGAUAAAGCUGUCGUUGUUCUUGUUACUGCUGCUCAGUGGAAGUUCGUACUGUAAUUUUAGUGGGAGGAACUCCAUGCUACGGACUCGAGUCAUCGGUACUAGGUACGGGAAGUUGCAAGGUGUGAUACUGCCGAUGGAUCAACAUAAGUAUUUGAAGCCUGUUGAGGCAUACUUAGGUGUUCCUUAUGCUACUCCGCCUACUGGAUCUAAUAGGUUCGCGCCAACCCGAGCCCCUGCGCCGUGGGAUGAAGUGAAGACGGUGGACCAGAUGGGACCAGUCUGUCCGCAACGAUUGCCAGAUAUUUCCAACGAGACUUUGGCUCUGGAGCGGAUGCCGAAAGGACGGUUGGAGUACUUGCGAAGACUACUGCCUCGAUUGAAAAAUCAGAGCGAAGACUGCCUAUAUAUGAACAUUUAUACACCAGUGCAAGUGGGUCCAACACUCCAAGCCAAGUAUCCUGUGGUGGUCUUCAUCCACGGAGAGUCGUUCGAGUGGAACACGGGCAAUGUGUAUGACGGCGCCGUGCUAGCGAGCUACGCAGGGAUCGUCGUCAUUACAAUCAACUACAGACUUGGGAUACUAGGAUUCCUAAACGCAAACCCAAUACCACAUAUGAAGGCAAGGGUUGCGAAUUAUGGCUUGAUGGAUCAGAUAGCCGCGUUACAUUGGGUGCAGCAGAAUAUUGCGCUAUUUGGAGGUGAUGCUGGCAACGUCACCAUGCUAGGCCAUGGAUCAGGGGCGGCCUGCAUCAAUUUCCUCAUGAUUUCACCCACUGUUAUGCCUGGUCUAUUUCAUCGAGCGAUCCUUCUAUCAGGAUCAGCGCUAAGCUCAUGGGCGUUAGUAGAAGACCCAGUCAGCUAUUCCGUCCAGUUAGCCAGACAAUCCAACUGCACUCUACCAGAAGACAUCGUGAAAGACCACGAGCUAAUAGUGGACUGUCUUCGAGAGGUCCCGCUUCAAGAACUCAUGUCAGCUGAUAUCAGUACGCCAAAUUACUUGACAGCAUUCGGUCCGUCAGUUGACGGGGUCGUAGUUAAAACAGACUAUGCGAAAGAACUUCUCACCUAUUUCAUCCCAAACGACCUUCAAGGCUUCACGAGUGUGUCGGGCGUGAACAAUUUCAAAGCCGACAAAAGGAGCGGGGACAGAAUCUUCGGAAUACGGGGCGGGCAGAAUAAAUACGAUCUACUUUUUGGCGUUGUCACGAGUGAAGCGCUUUGGAAAUUCUCGGCGCAAGACAUCCAGAACGGCUUCGAGGGGGAAAGGAGGGACCGAAUAAUAAGGACUUACGUAAGAAACGCAUAUACAUAUCAUUUGAGUGAAAUUUUCUUCACUAUUGUCAACGAAUACACGGAUUGGGAGAGAACCGUACAGCAUCCAAUAAACACACGAGAUGCUGCAGUACUGGCGAUAUCAGAUGCGCAGUACGUGGCGCCUCUAGUCCAGACUGGGGACUUCCUGAGCGUGGCCAAGAGCUCGCCCGAUUCAGGACCCAACACUUUCUUCUAUGUUUUUGAUUAUCAGACCAAAGAUGGAGACUAUCCUCAGCGCAUGGGUUCAGUGCAUGGAGAAGAAUUGCCGUAUCUCUUUGGAGCACCCUUGGUUGAAGGUCUUGGGCACUUCCCCAAAAACUACACGAAAUCAGAAGUGGCGUUAUCAGAAGCUUUCAUACUGUACGUGGCUAACUUUAUCAAAACUGGGAACCCCAACGAAGCGCAACGACAAGAAUCAGUCCUGCCAAUAUCAAGAGAACGAAAUAAAUACAAAAGUAUUGUAUGGGACGAAUAUGAUACGCUCCAUCAAAAAUAUUUAGAGAUAGGGAUGAAGCCCCGGAUGAAAAACCAUUACAGAGCCCACCAGCUGUCCGUUUGGUUACGGCUAAUCCCGGAAAUCCACCGCGCGGGCAUGAAGGACGUGGUCGCUAAACACAACCUUUUCAGGAACCAUAACGACCCGGACCUUUACGACGGGUUGGUGCGGCCGGACCCGCUCACUCGUGCUAACUACUUCGAUCCCACAUUGGAAAUGUACCGCAAGCCUAUUUACAAUGUUACUUUGGACAUGCCAUCGACGACGAUGGACACUUACGUGACGACCUGUAUUAGCGUGAUGUCAGCAAGACCUGGAUCUGCUGUGACUCACAACCAAGCUCCGAAUAACACUCAUGCUCAGGACGUAUCGAAUUUGGAAGUUGCUGGAUACACAGCGUACUCCACAGCUCUCAGUGUGACCAUAGCAAUUGGUUGCUCGUUAUUGAUUUUAAAUGUGUUGAUAUUUGCCGGUGUUUACUACCAAAGAGAUAAAACUAGAUUACAAGUCAAAGCGCUACAACAGCAACAGAAAAGAAAUCACAAUUCAACAUUUGAUAGUGUUUCGUCGAAACAUCCUCACUAUUUCGUGGGACAUUCUCAAAGCUCUAGUACCAUAGUUGACAUAGACCAUCAAGAUAAGAAUGCUAUCAUUGCAAUGACGAACCGAGUGCCACAUUUCACAAGCUCCAAUUGCCCUAAUGUAUGUCAUACAGGAAUCCAAAUGUCAAACCUGGCCCAAAAAACCAGUCCCCCUACAAAUAGAUGCACAACCCUGCCUCGGAAGGUGGGGUUUACCUACCAGCAGAAUCAGAUUUGCAAUGCGUCGAAUUGUAUGACGCUUCCAAAAAACGCAACCUUCAGUGCUAGUAACUUGCCUGAUGUCCAAGCUCAGACAGGUCAAGGGCAAGGAGCAGGGAAUGGCGCCGUCAUGCCGCCAUCAUCGCCUCAAUCACAGCAUUUCUCGCAAAAGUCAAGGGUUCCGCAAGCAGCCAUGUCGGAAAUGAACGUAUGAGAUAUGGAUGAUAUUUACAAUUAUGUAUAAAGUGACACUAGUGAAGUGAAUAGACAAAACAUGGUUGUAAAUAUCGUGAAACUUGUAUAAAACGAAAAUAGUGCGAAUGAAGACAAUGGUGAUUUUAUAGGGAUAUAAAAAUUCUGAAUAUGUAAACUUUCGGAUUAGGUACUUCAAAAUGUACAGUGCUGGACGUGAAUUUAGUGAUGACGGUGAGUUCACAGUAACCUUUUAAGAAUCAUAGAUGUAAUUUGUAAUUACAAUUCUUUGUCACGAGAAACACGAGAAUACGAAUAGACUUGCUAGAAUAGAGGAAAAUGCUGAAUCAACUUCACGAAUGUUAAUAGGUUUUUGCAAAAGGGUGAAAUAGGUCAAAAUUAUCAUACGGAAUUUCUUCCGAGCCGGCGACGUCGUUAUGCACGUGACAGUUUUGGUUCGUUCGUAAUUAUAGUAAGACAUCGCUACGUACCACUGUUAUAUACUACCGGCGAAACGAUUACGACUUUACCAUUAGGUUUACCAUCAUUUUGUCGGUUUUAGAUAGACAAAAUAGCUAUAGUCAAUUUUGAUAAUGUAAGAUUUGAAAACUAUUAUAACGUAAAUUGUAAUCAGUAUAGCUAAGUCGAAUACCGAAAUCAAGUAACGGAGCAGAAACAUAAAAGAGAUGAAAUAGUUCUGGAAUAGGAAAGACAACAAUAAUAGUAUGGGUCAUGUUUACCAAGAUGUCGCCGCACAUAAAAGUUAUUAUGAGAGGUCAGAUUUAUAUUACACGAAAAUGUAAAACAUAGUAUAAUAAAUAAGGAUACCAAACAAUACAAUAAAAUUUAUACACGAAUUUGCCUGCCACUACAAUCAA